GCUUCAGUAAUUACACAUCAGUUGCAAGGUGCAGCAAGCAGUUGGAUGGGAGAUCAUAGUGAUGUCAGGGCAGGGAGGGCUUAAAACAGGAGAUAAGGCCAGCUAAUGGAGAUGAAAUGAAUCAGUAUUUAACAGGUCUUUUUUAGUUAAGGCAGUUAGCUGGCAGCAGACUGAACUCAAACCACUUGGCCAGAAGUCCUAGGAGGCCAUUUAGUUGGACGUGAAAGAGGGAAAGACGAAGAUCUGUGAGCUCGCCAAAAACUUUUGGGGAAACAUUUUUAACUUGAUUUUAGUUUAUUGGCUUUUUCAUUUUUCUGGAAUUGAGACACCGGCAUCUUCAAUCUCUGCUCAGCAGUGUGAACCUAAAGCAUUCAGGUGGAGGUCAAAGGUCGUGAGUGUGUCAUGACCCCACGGGAGCAGCUGAGGAAGAUGACAGCGCUAGGGGAGCAGGGGUCUUUGGAUGAGAAGCACUGGUACCGACUCGUCAAUGGGAUGUCUGCUGGAGAGCUGAGGCAGAGGCAGGAGCUAAUAAUGAGGAACCAGAUGGCUAUGGCACCGCAGAUCCUUGCCCAGGGGCAGCAGAGGUUACAGGGGGUCCCCGCACAGUUCGAACCUCGGUUCAUGGAGAGGGAGUUAGUUCCACCUACCGAGAUGGUCCCGUCUGAAGCUAGGCAGAUGCACAUGGGCCCUCACCUCGGUCCACCUCUGCCUCCUCAUGCCAACGUCCUUCCUGGAAGAGGUUUCCCUGCACCAGCUGGGUAUGGCUUCUUACCCUCAGAGCCCAUGGAAACUGUUGCCCGGCGACAGGAGCUCAUUCACAAGCAAAAUAUAGCCAGAAUGGAAAUGAACGCCAUCCUGCAUCAGAAGGAGCUGGAGAACGCACACCAGAAAGGCUUGAUGGGAAUUGAAAAUCCCAUGUCAUACCCUUCCAACCCCAUGGUGUUUAGAGGUCGUCAGCGCAUGCCAGACGGCCACGAUGUCUUCGUCCACCGGCCCACCCUGGAUGAACUGCACUCCAACAAUAUUCUCAUGUCAGCCAACCCAUAUCCAGCAAUAAGCACGCUGCACAGAGAGCGGGGGCGCAGAGCAGGUCGGAGGCCAACUGUUCACAAGAGUAUGGAGAGCCAUGUGUCCAACGUGAAGGGCCAGACUGAAGAUAAAAGUGUAGAGCAGAGCCCAGGGGCCGCAUCGGGGGAGGAGAAGGAGCUUGAGCCAAAGGGGGACAUGGGAGAGGAGUGUUCCACCAGUAAGACACAUCAUCAGGCCAAAGUAGACCCUGAACUCACCACUGUAAGCAGGAAGAACUACAAAGAUGGGGAGCCAGGCCUCCGGAAAGCCUGCGUGAACAGCCAAGAUGGGAGUUCAGACGCAGCCAACAGUGGAACAAAUGAUAAAGACAUAUCCAGCCAAUGUUCGGCUUUCCAGGAGAAAUUCAUGUAUCCUUCCACUGGAGGAACUCUAACAGGGAUCCCUUACAUGUUCCCAGUCCCUGGAAAUGGUUUCCUUCCUCCUGGCCCACCAAAUCUCUUUCUAAAUGGUGAGGAGGUGCCCGAAGACAUCAGGAAGUGGACAGUGAAUGAUGUGUACAACUUUAUUAACAGUAUUCCCACGUGUUCAGAGUAUGCCCAGACUUUCAAGGACCACAUGAUUGACGGAGAGACGCUGCCCCUCCUAUCAGAGGAGCAUUUAUUGGAUACACUGGGACUGAAGCUGGGGCCAGCUCUUAAGAUCCGCUCACAGGUGUCCAGACGUCUUGGUAGCAUGCUUUACAUGAUGAAUCUGCCACUCUCCACCGCCCCACUGCAGGCCACCCCUGAGAAGCCCGGGGAGCGCUCAUCAGAGAUCGGCUCCCCCAUUAACUGCAACAGUGAGGAGAUGGUGGCAAGUCCAAGAGAUCCCGAUGUCAUAAAAUCCGCCGACCACCUCCACGACGCAGAAAACAACUCACCUCCAUCUGCCAGCAGUGAGACUGCCUGACCAGUGGAGAAAUGUAAACCAAAGCAGGGUACAACAGCACGCUCUGGUGAGCUGCUGCUGUGGUGGAUUUGUUUACACUGUGCUGAACUGGACUGAAGAUCAACAUUUCAGGUUCCUGUUGAAUGUUUUAUACAUUUAACAGCAGCAGCUGCAGUGGAGUGAAAGUGAUGUGGACUUUAAGACACAGUAUCAGACGCCGAUAAGGUCCUACAUCACUUUUCUUUGCUCGUCUGAUUAUAGCUUCUUGAAUUAUUCUUGAAAGCUGCUAAACGCUCCCGUAGGCUGAUGUGCAGAGCAUAGUAAUCAUAUUUUGGAAAUAUUUUAUAAACAAAAUAAUGACAUAUUUAAAUAUUCUGGAUUUUGAUGCUUGAUACAUUUUUUUUGCAUUUCUUAUACUGUAAAUAAAGUGGGGGUUUUUCUACACAGAAAUCUGCAUCUUCUUGUCAUUACAUGGAAUCAAUAGGUUGGG